GCUGGAUAAUCCGUGGAAGGUAGAUUUACAGCUCCGGUUUUUGUGAUGUUUAAGUUUUUAUCUACGAAUACCACAUCUAUCAGACUUCUGAGGUUAUCUGUUACUCUUGUUUCCUAACUUACUAUUUGAUUCAAAUUGAAAUCCUCGAAAAUUGUUGACAUGAAUGAAUAGUUUAGGCCUUGUUUAUUCAAAACAUUUAUAUUUAGAUCACCCAUGCAUACUAUAUGAUCAGAUGAUGUGAAAACAGUAAGUAAAUUUUAGUAGUAUUAUUGGCAUUAUCUGGGUUAAAAUAAUGGAGCAAUUGCAUAUCGUCUGGAAAUGACUGCGCAUGAGAAUUAUCAAUACUUUUGCUUAAGUCGAACGUAUAUAUGAGGAACAGCAGCGGCCCCAAUACAGAGCCCUGAGGUACGCCUGAGGGAAUUAUUAUCACUGGAGACAUUUCUUGGUUGAGAAAAGCACACCGAGUUCUUUGAUGAAGGACAUAUGUUGGUCAACUGGUGCCUAUCGGAGUUCGGCGAGGAGCAUCCUCUCAGCGAGAAGUUGACCGGACCAGAGUUUAAAUUGUUAGCGGUGCAGUUUUGCACUCAUUUAUUGGCCGCAGGCGUGCUCAAACAGAUUCCUGACAAGGACGUGCCUAUGUACAACAUUUUUAAGCCAGACUGCAUGUACUAUUGGACACAUGCAGAGAUACCAGCAUCAGUUCCCCAAACUCCUGGUAGGCUAAGUAUGGUUUCAUGGCCUCCUACGUCCCCGUCGUCAGAACAGUUCGCAUCACCAUGUGCUAAGGAAAUUCUCUCCCCAGAAGAGGAUAAACCAGCCAGACCUCCCCAAGAGUUACGUACCUCAGCCAGAGAUGUGGAGAUACUGGGCCUAGAGGAGGAAGUGAAGCGGUUAAAGCAGGAAGUCGAAAAGUACAAAACCCUGAUUGAGAUUCAGACACUUACGACAAACGCCGUCAUUGAUUUUAGUUCGCCGGUUGAAGAGGCAAAAAGUUUUGAUAAGAGCUGUGAUAAUUUAGACAAUAAGGUAAGCGAUGGAAUAGAUACGAAACAAGCACAAUGCAACGUAGAAGCACAAACCGAUAAGCGCAAUGUACAGACGGCAUCAACGCAAACGGAAGAUACAUCGCAAGCACAAGGGGUGGAAGCUGACAGUUUGGACUGGAGAGGACCGUUGCAGGGAGUUGGAGAUGUCAAGCAACACGUUACGUCAUCGUCCACAGUACCCCCUCCACCACCUCUCCCUCCGACUUCUACGAUAUUGGAAGGGAUAUGGGUACAGCCCCCCGCGAUAUCGGAUGGAGUAUGGGUACCGCCUCCAAAGCCCCUUGAGGAAGGAACCUACCCGUCAGCAGGUACGACUAGACCUCCACACCCUCCAUCACCUGAGGUAACACAACAUUCACCUACAUCGACAGCUGGAGGAGGUACUUGCUCACAACCACCACCACCACCGCCUCCUCCUCCAAUGCCUGGAGCGUCAGCUCCUCCAGCACCACCACCACCUCCAAUGCCUGGAGGAGGACCAUGUCCACCUCCACCACCCCCUAUGCCUGGAAUGUCAGCCCCUCCACCUCCUCCAAUGCCUGGAGGAGCCUGUCCACCUCCUCCUCCUAUGCCUGGAGGAGGAGCUUGUCCUCCACCACCUCCAAUGCCUGGGAUGCCAGGACCUCCUCCACCUCCUUUACCAGGAAUGUCCGGACCUCCUCCACCUCCCAUUCCCCCUGGACACGGAGGACCGCCUCCCCCUCCACCACCUGGAGGACCAACACCGCUCCCAGCGCCCCCUUCUGGUGGAUGGGCGCAACAGAAGUCAGUUGUAGUACUGAGAGUGCACCUUUCCUUCUUUAUGUUUGUGUAGUGGUCCAACCAGCCCCAGCGUGUCUAGCGCUCAAAAAACCAGCUGUCACACCAGCGGUGCCGAUGAAACCCCUUUAUUGGACCAGAAUCGUCACUCCAGCCGCGGAUGAACCGGACGACACUGGACAACCGAAAAGCGCUCUCUGGAAGGAGAUCGAUGAACUACCGCUUGACAAUAUCGCUCCGGAGUUUACUGAGUUGUUUUCCAGGCAAGUGAUCACCAGAAAGACGACGUUGAAAAAAAUCGAGGUGAAGGAAAAAGUCGAAGCUGUGAAACUGUUGGACAGCAAAAGGAGUCAGAACGUGGGCAUAUUGGCACAAAGUCUGAAAACGGACAUGCAAGAAAUAGAAAACGCAAUCUACAAUUUCGAUACGUCGAUCGUUAGUUUGGAAGCUCUGCAGCAGAUAUACGAAGUGAGAGCGACUCCAGAUGAACUAGAAAUGAUCAAGGCUCACUUGGCGUCAAAACCCGACGUACCGCUGGACAAACCCGAACAGUUCCUAUACGAGCUCUCCCAGAUUUCCAAUUUUGCCGAAAGGAUAUCCUGCCUGAUGUUUAGAGUUGAAUUCGACGAUUCUAUCAACACCAUAGACCAUACGCUAACCAACAUCAAAUCUACCUGUGAUUAUCUAGUAAAAAACCCCGAACUGAAAGAAGUGAUGGCCAUCAUCCUGACCCUGGGCAACUACAUGAACGGCGGCAACAUGGCCAGAGGCCAAGCGGACGGUUUCGGUCUCGAGAUCCUGUCCAAACUGAAGGACGUCAAGUCGAAAGACUCCAAGAUCACUUUGUUGCAUUACGUCGUCAGGGUGUACAUGAAGAAGAUCGAGAACCCGUUUGACGCGAAUGUGGCACUGCCGGUGCCUGAGCCGGGGGAUAUACGUAGAGCGGCCUCGGUUAAUUUUGAUGAUGUUUUGGUGGAUUUGAAGAAGCUGCAGAAGCAACUUGAAGCUUGCGAGCGGAAGACCCAGAAAAUCAUAGAAGCGUCCAUCCCCGAGAACCUGCAGCCCUUCAAGGACGAAAUGACAGCCUUCAUAGAAACCUCCAAGAAACAACUGAAAACCGAAUUUGAUACGUUGGACGAAUGUCACAAGCAAUUCAUGGAUACUAUGAAGUUUUACCUUUUCAAACCCAAAACUGGAACGCUGGAAGCGUUUCCACCAAACUCUUUCUUUGAAAUGUGGCUGCCGUUUUGUGUCGAUUUCAAGGAUAUCUUCAAGAAGGAGCUCAUCAGGAUUGAAAAAGAGAAGAUUCAAGAGAUCAAGAGAAAAGAAAAUGAAAGGAUUUCGCAAAUCAAGAAGAUGAAAGAACGGGAAAACGGUCUAAAAGCAAAAGUUAAGGCGAAACGAAAAUCUAUAGAAAACUUUAUAGAGACCAAAUGAUUAUUAUUCCUGUAGAUUUUAAUAUACACAUUAUUUAUUUUGUGUCGGAUAUUUUAUUUUAUGUUUAAUACGCAUUUGUUACGAGUUUUUAUAGUCUAUGAAAAUACAUCAUUUAUUUUAUAUAUAAGCG